AUGAAACACAUUCAUACAAUGACGGCCAUUCUGGCCAUAGUGUUCUCUGGUGCCAUCAUUGGCCUAAACAUCUACUCUAUGUUGGGAAGUACUUCAUGGUAUGAGUUGGGCAACUCUCAUUUAACUUGGUCUCUUAACAGAGGUCAAUUCAACGGUGAGUACAGCUCAAAGACACGUCAAACAAUGUACGUCUCCUUUGGCUUCACCCUUGUCUCUUGUUUCUUUGUAAGUAUUA